AUGAGUACAAGUGGCGUUAAUUCUAAACGAUCGCUUGAACAAGCAAACGAAGCGUUUGUUGAUGAAAAAUAUCAAGAAGCAUUGCAUUUAUAUUCAAUUUCACUCGAGCAAGAUGAUAAAUCUGAUGUAUCAUAUACAUCUAAAGUAAUGUCAUCACGUGCACAAUGUCUAUUAAAAAUGGCUAAAUUUAAUGAUGCAUUGAAUGAUAGUCUCAAGGCUUUAGAAUUGGAUGAUAAAAAUGUCCAAGCUUAUUUAAGAAAAGGAUUAUCAGCAUAUCAUUUGGGUAAAAAAGAUGAAGCACUGGAAUCAUUCACUUCCGGUCUUAAAAUUGAUCAUGAACAAUCUAUUGAAUCUCAGAAGGAUACGUCCAGUCAGCAAGAAGAAAAAAAUAUAGCAUCUGCAGAAAAAACACAGAUGCUGAGUGUUAAUACUAGAUUAGUAUCUGGUAGUGAUUAUAGUCUCGAAAUUGAUCUUGCUCACCUGAUUGAUAGUAAACGAACAGAUUUUAAGGUUUCUACUGUUAAUGUUGAAAUCAAAUUAUUUAAAAAAGAUGCAGUUCAAUGGGCAUCUCUCGAUGCACAACAUAACCCAAAUGCUCCGCCAGUUCUCAUGAAUAAACCGAUGACGCAACAACAAGUUCCACCCACUUAUCCCUCGUCAAGUCGUCAUCGAAAGGACUGGGAUAAGCUUGAAGUGGAACUGAAAAACGAAGAAAAAGACGAGAAGUUAGAAGGCGAUGCUGCUGUUAAUCAAUUGUUUCAACAAAUUUAUCGCGAUGGUUCUGACGAAACUCGUAGGGCUAUGAACAAAUCAUUUUCUGAAUCAGGAGGAACAGUUCUAUCAACAAAUUGGGAUGAAAUUAAACAGAAAAAGACGGAUUUAAAAGCUCCAGAGGGAAUGGAAUGGAAAAAAUAUGAUACCUGA